AUGCCAAGGCCUAAUCUAGCUAGUACAUUUGUGGUACUUCUGGAAUACACGAAACUGGCGCAACCGUUGCAUUUACAUCAUGAUAUUGCUUUGCUUCAUGGUGGUCUCGUCUCUUCUCUCGCCCUUCCUCAAUACUGCUCAAUUGCUGCCCCAGACAACGAAUCUUCACUCAGCAUCAAGUCGGAGAUGGAUCGACGCGCCCAGGUUUAUGGAUUUUGUGCCGCGGCUACUAACUCAUUUUGGUUGAAGACUUUACCGAUGUUGCAAUUUCCAAGCGCAGGUAUUCAUUUUCCUCGCCCACGUUCCAUCCAGGUCUCCCCUUUAGUUAAUAGCCAUAACACCUCUUCGGGGGACAGUUUUCCACCGGCACAGGAGAUUCUGACUUCAUAUCGAUCACUCCUUACUCCACGUAGUAACGGUCAUGACUCGCAGCCCCUCAACUUGUCAUAUGACGAAACUUUUGUUCUCGCAAUGACGCACAUGUCACAAGUGUCUAUCCUGGAAGGGCUUGCAGAUACCUCAAUCGAAGCUGAUGGUCAUAAUCGACAUCUUCAUGCGAUUGCUAUGCUGACCCGGGAAUUGGACAUGCGCGAGGCUAACACUUCACAAGCCAAGAUAAAAGUCCCGAAAACUUUAUCCAGAGAUAUAAGAGCACUUCUUCAGCUUAUGGCUAUUCGAAAUCAUUUUCAUGGUGGCCUGUAUGACUCUCAUGCCCUUUUUCGGAAUGAUGCCUCUCUUCUCGCCAGUGACAUCAGUACACACAUAGGGCCUUUUGCUCCUUCACUCGAUUCAACUCUCUGUCUGCUCGAGGACUGUGUUCGGAAUUUAGAACAACCAGCGACCACUGGAGUCGCGUUCUUUCUUCGCACACACAUGAGCAGCUGGGGCCUAGAGAUCGCCCUUUCGACCUUCGAAUCAGCAUUAUUUCUGGCCAAAUGGAUUAAUCAGUUGCAGAGUGUUGCUAUGCCGAGCCAAUUCGCUUGGUCUUCUGUGGAUAUGGUUGAUCGGACACCACUUUGUAGAAGUUUCUUGGAAAUAUCGAUCUCCCUUCUGAAGUUCUGGUCGUAUGUUUUUAUGAGCAUGGAGAACAAAGAAUACGUCAAGUUUUUGGGCGAAACUCUGUUAAACUACGCAGAUAUUCUAGCUAGUCCAGCUGAAAUAUAA